AUGGAUGGGUCGACUGGACCGGUGGCUUUCAACACGCCGUUUGGAUGGUGCCUGGGAGGCAAAGUGGGUCCGCAAAGCGAACAUGAGCGAACAAGCCAUUAUGUAGCUCACAUCGCAUCGAGGGAAGAGGAAAGGAGCCUUUCCGAACUUGUCGAGCGUUUUUGGAGGCUGGAGGCGAAGGAUGCUGUACAGCCUACCCCACUCAUGUCAGCAGACGACCGCCGGGGAGAGGAGAUUCUGAAGAGGACCACCAGAUACAUCAGGAAUCAUCAUCAAGUCGGUCUGAUGUGGAAGGUCGAAAAUCCAGAGAGAGACCCCAGUUACGCCAAACAAUACGACGGCGUCAUUCAAGAAUACAUCAACCUUGGUCAUGCUCGUCUCUUGUUCACUGAAGAAGCCAAAAGGAGAACAUCAAAGACAAACUACAUGCCUCAUUAUGGUGUUCGAAGUUCGACGAGUUCGACGACAAAGACAAGAGUGGUCUUCGACUGUUCAGCAGAAUGUGAAGGUACUUCCCUGAACAAAAAUCUUCGCGGUCCGAACUACCUCCUAAAUCUACUUGGAAUAAUCUUGCGCUUCCGCAAGCACCAAAGUCCCAUCAGUAGCGACAUCGAGAAGAUGUAUCAUCAGGUUUUGGUUCCAGAGGAGGAUCAAGAUGCCUUUCGUUUUUUUUACCGGUCGCCGAACAGCACGACAUCCCCGCUCACCUACAGGAUGACAGUCCAUGUCUUUGGAGCCGUCUCGUCGCCAUCAACUUGUUUGUUUGCCUUAAACAAAACAGCCGAAGACAACAGCACGAAAUUUCCAGACGCAGCAGCCAGCGUAAGAACAAGCUUCUACGUCGACAACUAUCUGGAUUCGUUCAGGUCGGAAGAAGAGGCAAUCAAACGGGCCCGCCAGCUAAAGGAACUGUUGCAGCUGGGGGGUUUUAACCUCACCAAGUGUUCGUCAUCGUCAAGAAGGGUCCUAGCUGCGCUCAAACCACUAGGCUUGGCCAAUCCAAAACUGGAUCUUGACCUAGACAAAUUGCCUAUGGAUCGCGCCCUAGGUAUUCUUUGGGACAGUGAAAUCGACGCGUUCACUUUCACGGUGGGAGAAAAAGUUCAGUCACACGCCACACCUACCAAAAGGAAUCUCGUGAGUGUGGUGGCCACUGUAUACGAUCCGCUUGGAUUUGUUGCUCCAGUUGUGUUCGCCAUGAAGAUGUUGACCCAAGAAGAAUGGCGAGCCAAGGUGGAUUGGGACGAAGAGCUACCCGAACCUUUGAACUGUCGAUUCCAAAAGUGGUGUCAAAGUUUGUCAAACCUAGCACGCAUCACAGUUCCGCGAUGCUUAGUAAAAGAAGAACGCCCAACAACCGAGCAAGUGCACAUCUUUGCUGACGCCAGUCAACUAGGGUUUGGAGCAGUCGCAUACGUACGAACAACUUACGCUAGUGAAAGGGUCGACGUAUCUUUCAUCAUGGCCAAAACGCACGUCGCGCCGUUAAAACAGUUUUCGAUCCCUCGGCUCGAACUUCAAGGAGCUGUCGAAGCUUUACACCUGGCCAUACUAAUUUGUCGUGAGAUGAACCUGGAUCUGAGCCAAAUCACGUUUCACGUCGAUUCCCAGACAGUUCUUAGAUUGAUCCAUUCCGCCAACGUCAAAUACGAAGUGUUUGUGGGCAAUAGAAUUGGAAAGAUUCUAAUGAACACCAACUGUCGACAAUGGCGUCACGUUCCAGGAGUCAUGAAUCCAGCAGACGUCUGCAGUAGAGGAUGGGAUCCCGACAACCUCAAGGAAUUGCAGCAGUUCCAUCAAACACCAGUCUUUCUGUUGUUGGAACCUCCAUUAUGGCCAAAGUGGGAUCAGAUUGAACAAAACGACCAUCAGGAUCCCGAAGCCAUUCAUGACUACGCAACGAAAACGGAGCCCAAUGAUAACGUGAUUGACCAGUGCGUAGAAUAUUAUUCAAACAAAGUGCGCCUGGAGCGAGUGCUUGCGUGGUGUUUGCGUUUCGUUGCAAACUGUUGUGCCAAAGUGAAGAACGUGAAGGUAACUCCAGGAGAACUGAUGCCAGUCGAAACUGAAGCAGCUCUGGCAAUGUGCAUUCAACGUGCACAAGAAGUGGCAUACCCCGAAGAUGCGUUAUUCUUAAAAAGGGGAAAGGAACUGCCAAACCGGUUGAAACUCAAGCAGUUUCGACCAUUCAUCGGUGAACAACAUUUAAUUCGAGUGGGCGGUCGAAUUGGUCAAGCACCUGUCGACUAUGUGACAAGACAUCCAGUGAUUUUACCUCCAGAGGAACGUAUCACAAAUCUAAUAGUCUGGGAUGCUCACAUUCGAAAUUACCACAAUAAAGCCGACCGCUUAUUGUGCGAACUUCGAACAAUGUACUGGAUAACCUCUGGACGAAGGAUAAUCAAAUCUAUACUCAACAAGUGCAUUCCCUGCUAG